GCUAAGGAAAUAAUACUUUAUAUGACUUAUAUAGGAAUCAAUUUAAUUGAUUCAUGUGGAAAAUGUUCUAAUAUUUGAGCCCAACUUUUUAGAGAGAAGUUGAACUAAUAUGGUGAACGAUUUAUAGCUAAUAUUUGGAGUCGUUGGAAUAAACGUACUUCUUUUCCUAAGCCGCACCACACAUACUAGAGGUCAUGAAAAAAAUUAUUCUAGAUGGGCGUGAUUUUUUUAUUUUCUUCUCAGUGGCAAACCCUACCAAUAUGGAUAGCUAAGGUCAUGGCGUGAAGUUCUCUUGGUGACAAAGCUCUUUGUAUGGCGUGCUUUCUAGAUUGCGUGGAGUAGAGUUUUUAUUGUGGUGUGGAUUCCCUGCAUGAUUUUCUCUCUUCCGGAAAAAGGCGAAGAUGCUUGGGCUUGCAAAGGCAACCGGCAGCGCAGCGGUUGCCCUGAAUGUGAGGAGGUUUUGUCUCGGGCUGCGCUAUUUUUCACCGCCUUGAAUUAUCAUAUGGAUUCUCCAAAUAACAAGACGAAUAUGGAAUGGGAGUUUACAAAGCCCAGCAAGGAAGGGAUUAUUACACCACAUGCCAUGCAUGAAGAAUCUUUGGACUUGAGGUUGGCAUGCAAUAAUACUAUUCAACCAUCAUCAUUUAUCCUGAUGAAGCAGCAACUUUUUCCUACAACAUUUCAGAAAUCUUUGAUUGCCACUCAUAUUUCUAGUAGAGGACACUUUAGUACAAUGUCUCGAACACCACCACCUGCAUCAAAGGUAGAGAAUGCCAAAGUUGAUGUUGAUUUUAAAAGUGAUGCCACUGCUGCACAGGAAGUGACUCCUCACAUCAAAACUAAAAGGCUUGACAAAACAGCAAGGCACAUAAUGCAGAUCUUGGAGAAAGAGGCAGUGCAAUCAGUAAAAGCAGAGAGGGUGAUUCCAGAUAUUAAGCCAGGCUAUAUUAUAGAGCUCAAAGUGGAAGUACCUGAGAAUAAGCGCAGGGUUUCAACCCUAAAAGGAAUAGUUAUUGCAAAGCGAAAUGCUGGUUUGAGUACAACUUUUAGGAUUCGAAGACUAGUAGCUGGCAUUGGAGUCGAGUCUGUUUUUCCUCUCUAUUCACCAAAUAUCAAACAAAUAAAAGUUUUGGACAAGAAAAGAGUGCGAAGGGCAAAACUUUACUAUCUCCGGGAGAAGAUGGGUUCCAGUGGUAAAAAAUAAAAUACGAAAUUCACAAGAAUUUGUCAGCAUGCUGCAGGAGGAUUAUAAUUAUGAAGAUGAGAUAUUGCUUGAAUUUAAGUAAAUGUUCAAAAUCUAUGAUGCAAGUUUAACAUGAAGUGCUGAGUUCAACACAAUGAGAGAAUGGCAUUCACUUCAGCUGUUUUUGCGGUAUUUUUUGUAUUUGUAAACAUUUAUGACAUUAUUUUUGAUCAGUGUAAACAGAAGUGGCAUAAACUUCUUGUUGGAAAUUUAUGAUUCUUUUCAUUUGUGA